UCACCUCACAGGAUGAGAUGAGAGAGCCGAUCCCGAAGCUCAUACAGCCAAUCAGCUGACUGCGCCUGAGGAGACGGACACACCUGAUGAGUAAUGAGGUGUCUUCCUCCUGGAGAUUCUUCUUCUCUGGCUGGAUGUUGUGACCAUGAAAAGGAAUGACCCACACCUGUGCAGCGUUUAAAAAAAGUGUACCACAUGAGCCCCACUGCCACCAUCAGGCCAGAGUGUGAACUGCAACAUGUGUGGACAUCCAGCCUGAAGAGAGCUGCAAUCAUCAUCAGCUCAACAGGAUGAUGCUGAAUGAUCGGUGGACCAUCAUGAACAACAGCAGCUCAGAGCUCGACAGCAAGCGGCCAAACAAGCACAAGAAGGUGUGCAGCUUCCUGUUAUGGUCUGGUGGCAUGUUGGUCAUCAUCGCAGUCAUUGUCGCAGCAACAGUCGCCAUCUUGUACCUGAACCACUAUCCUCUACCCUUCAUCAGCAGGGGGGAAGUGUCCUCAUCUGUGGUUUCAACCAAUCCCAAAGAGUCUGGGCCCCUGGUGACAGUGUCACGUGUUGCAGACGGAGAGCCAAUCAGCAUCUUCCUGGACCCAAACUGUCCGGACUUUAGUGAGCACUUCCUCCGAUGGGAGGUGCUGCAGAGCUCGCUGCUGCGGGCUCUGACCAAUUAUAAUGCAGAUAAUUGGCAGGACCACGGAUUUGUCCAGAAGCUGGAGGAGGAGCUAAAGGUGUUAUUAGGCCACACCCACAACCUGAGACUGGAAGCUGAUUCGCUGAAAAGAGGCCAAGGUGUUCUGGACCAACGACUGGACAGACUGCAGAGUGAACAGAGCCGCAUCGUCAAGGUGAUGUCUGAUAAUCACUCAGGUGUGUUGAAGUUGGUGGCAGGUUUCAGUGAUUCUCUGCUCAGCCUGCAGAGGGAGACAGAUAGUCUGAAGAGCCUGAAGAGUGAGCUGAGCAAAGACAGCACUCUCACAGCUGUCAGACCCAGGGACUGCAGUGACAUCCUGAAAUCUGGUGUCUCUCAGGACGGCAUUUACUCCGUGUUUCCAACCCACGACCCCAAUGGCUUCAUGGUUUACUGCGACAUGAGCACAGAUGGAGGAGGCUGGACGGUGAUUCAGAGGAGGGAGGACGGCUCGGUGAACUUCUUCAGAGGAUGGGAGGCUUACAGGGACGGAUUUGGGACAACGACCGGAGAGCACUGGCUUGGUCUGCAGAGGAUCUACUCGCUCACCAGGUCAGGUGGUUCCGAGCUGCGUAUCGACAUGGCAGACUUCGAUAACGCCACAGCGUUCGCUCAGUACUCUGCAUUCUCCGUUGGUCGAGACUCUGUAAACCCCGAGGAGGACGGAUAUCCGCUGACUGUGGACGGGUACUCCGGGACUGCAGGUGACUCCCUCCUGAAGCACUCAGGGAUGCGGUUCACCACCAAAGACCGCGACCAGGACCAAUCAGAGAACAACUGUGCAGCGUACUACCAGGGGGCGUGGUGGUACCGGAACUGCCACACGUCUAACUUGAAUGGGCAGUACCUGAGAGGAGGUCACGCCUCCUACGCUGACGGUGUGGAGUGGUCCAGCUGGACUGGUUGGCAGUACUCGCUUCGCUUCACAGAGAUGAAGAUCCGACCCAGACCGGAGUCCUGAACAUGGACCAAGAGCUCGUGAUUGGUUACUGAUCAAUGAGGUGUUGUACUGAUGACUGACUGUAGAUGGUUAGAGUCAGUAUGAAACUCUGCCUCCAUAAGUACAAUUGUAAAUGACAGUAGACGGAGCGUUGACGUGUUGCUUACCUUUUUUGUUUCAUCAAUAAACUCAUUUGAUAAGACGAUC